AUGAAUAGCAGCGGCGGCAGCAAUAGUACAACAACAACAAGUAGUAUCACUACUGUAGGCAGUGGCAAAGACGACCUUGAAGAGCGAUACCUCACUUCACCGCCUCAUCCCAUACCAAGCCGAUUCGAGAAGUUGGUCAUAUCAUGGGCACAGGACGAACAUUAUAUAACACAUGCUACAUUCAGAAAGUCGCUGGCAGGUGAGACAUCAUACAUUGGCCUGCUCACCAGCUAUCGCUUCUACAAGGUCGACCCCGACACCAACCGCAUGACAUGGUCGAUCAACAUUGUCGAUAUGCACUCGGUCGAAGGGGAUGAAGCAGUCGAUCCCAAGAUACUCAAGAUAGUCUAUCACCUCAGGCCUACGUCUGGCGAUGGCAACAGCAAUAAUGAGCCAUCACCGCCCGACUCGCCGCAUCUUGGCUCUUCUUCACAUCAAACAUCGGGCAUGCAACGUCUAAGUAUGGUGACAGCCUCAAUCAAGCGUGCAACAGGCUCACACAGUACAGAUGACAGCUUUGUUGGCGAGAAGAGUUUGGUGGCCGAGUCAGAGGAUGCUCGUGAUCAAUGGCUGAUUGCCCUAAGACAACUGAUGCGCAACACCUUCCAAAAGCUGUUUGAGUCAUCAUUCAUCCCCGCGCCUGCAGUCUACCAACUACACCUCUAUGUAUAUAAGACAAACAGGAAGGGAAAGAAUCAAAUAAGAUGUAUAUUAGUAUCGACAGAGAGAGUGUAUAAUAUAAGCGUGAAGCAAUCAUUAGAGUUGGGCAAGCCAAAGUGGUCCUUCUCAAUUGGUUCACUCAAAGGUCUCCAGGUGUUCAAGAACCCGACCAACUUGUUACUGAUCAAUAUAGACAGUUCCAAAGAGAGUGGCAAGAUCAAGGAGACACAACAGUUUGUCAUGAGGGAUACCAACGAGAGGAACUUGCUUGCCAAUGAACUAAAGAGACUGUACACAAAGAUUACAAAGGGAACAUUGUCAAAGGAGGAGAAGGAUGAACAUAGCAGUGCGAGCAAGAAGGGUACAUCCAAGUCAAAG